UAUAUUUUCUCGCUUUUCUUUGCUGAAGGUACUCUAAGAGCCGGUCUCGGUGCUGAUUGGGCGUUCAGGUUGGUGAGUGAACGCCCUGCAGAUUAUGUCAGAUUGCGUGCAGAAAGCAAACCAGCCCAGCCUUUGAACUUCACCGCUUUUGGCUCGUAUUCACGCUCUUCCGCUCAUUUCCAAGCCAGGUGCUUGACGACGAACCUCACAGAGGGAGAGAGAGAAAAAGUCUGUGAUAGAGGGGAGAGCGGGGGAAAAAAAAGUAUAUAUUAUUAUUACUAAUAACAACAAUAUUACGGCUGGACACUUUUUUAUGACCCCUUGCAAACCGAAUGCGGAGCGCUGCUUUUACCUUUGUGGAUUUUUGACGUGCGCAUCUUCAUGCACGUUGUUUUCUUUUUCCCUUUCUGUUUUUUCCUCCUCCAUGCCGCAGGUCUGACAGAGUUUUGAGCGGACUGCAGAGAUCGCGCUUCAGUGUUUCACCUCGGGAAGAACCGAUCGGGCGCUGGAUCUUUCUUUUACUUUUUUUUUCUUCUUUUUUGUCCGGUUUUUCUUUUUCCGUCCCCAAGACGCCGAACAUCCUGGCAUGACCGCUACCUGGCUUUUACGCAGGUGAAUAUCUUCCCUUCCUCUCCGAUAAGAACUUUUCCUUGUCAUUACCGCUGGGGAUAAAAAAAAAGAAAGAAAGGGGGAAAAAGCAGAGAAAGAAGUGAAGUUUAAAGAUGUCGAAACCCGCUGAUCACAUCAAGAGACCCAUGAACGCUUUCAUGGUCUGGUCCCGGGGCCAGCGGCGGAAAAUGGCUCAGGAAAACCCCAAAAUGCACAACUCUGAGAUCAGCAAGAGGCUGGGCGCCGAGUGGAAGCUGCUGUCCGAGUCGGAGAAGAGACCGUACAUCGACGAGGCCAAGAGGCUGCGGGCGCAACACAUGAAGGAACACCCCGACUACAAGUACCGACCCAGGCGCAAGCCCAAGAACCUGCUGAAGAAGGACCGCUACGUCUUCCCGCUGCCUUACCUCGGGGACACCGACCACUUGAAGGGACUGCCCGUGUCGGCCGCCGACUCCCUCCUGGGCUCCUCGGAGAAAGCCCGGGCGUUCCUGCCCCCGACCUCCGCCCCUUAUUCCUUAUUCGACCCGACCCAGUUCAGCUCCAGCGCCAUCCAGAAGAUGACCCAGGAGAUGCCCCACACGUUGAGCACCAGCACUUUGCCCUACGCCUCCUCGCUGGGAUACCAGAACGGCGCGUUUGGCACCCUCGGGUGCCCCAGCCAGCACACCCACACCCACCCGUCGCCCACGAACCCGGGCUACGUCGUGCCGUGCAACUGCACGGCCUGGUCGGCGUCCAGUUUACAGCCCCCGGUGGCUUACAUACUGUUUCCAGGUAUGACCAAGACUGGGAUAGACCCCUACUCAUCCGCACACGCCACCGCCAUGUAACCCUCAAGACUCUUCUCCCCCCCAACCCCCACCACACACACACACACACACACACACACACACACACACACACACACACACACACACACACACACACACACAACCCAUGUUUUUAAUGUCAUUUGAAUACAGAAAUGCAUGUAAAUAUGUUACGGACAGCGCGGCCAGUUACAAAACAAAGGCACGAACAGUGUUACCUGAAGGGGGACUUGUUGUGGCAAAAAUGAGGGAAAAGACUAAAAACUUAAAAAAAUAAAAUAAAAUAAAAUAAUUUAAAAAAAAUCCAACAAGUUUCUGUCCGGGCAGAGGAGCUGGAGUUGGAUGUGAAGGACGGAGCGCAGUGAACUGUAAGAAAUGUAAAUGUUAUAACGUUUAUGGCAACCAGAAAGGGAGGCCUUUAACUUUAUUUAUUAUGUACAUUUCAAUGAUAUGCUGAUUUGUGUUGAUGAUCCUGAUAUAGGCUACUACUUUUUUUUUUUUAAAGAAAAAAAUUGGCUGGCACAAUUACAGAUCAAAUACCUGUAUAGGCCUAAAUAGACCACCUUUUUUUGUUUUGUUUUGUUUUUGUUGCAAAGUUAGAAUGAGUCCAGACUCAUAGGAUGAUUUUUAUACAGGUUUUAUUAUUUAUAUUUAAUAAAAGUGAUAAUAAUAAAAAGAAACAUAAAAGUAGACGGUCUAAUUUAAGAUGACAACACAGGAGGAGGAGGGGGGGGGGGGGCAUCAAAAUGUUUAAUUUUUACAUUCUCCACCUGUUUCUGUACUAAUAUAAUCCCAAACAUCAUUUCAUUGGAGUUUUCUUAAAUUGGUUUAGUUCAUUUUUAAAUUAUUUUUCAUUUUAAGGAUAUCUUCUAAUUGAAUUCAAGGAGUUCUAUGUGUAUUUUCUAUCUGAGAUGGUCAUUUAAAAGCUGUCAUGUUACGGAAAGGAUCCUGUAUCUGGAAGGUUGAAACCUGCGGCUCUUUGUUCAAGUGCUGAGCAAAGACUUUUUGAAUAAAGACAAUCUGUCUUCAACCAGGUCACUUAAAAAAUGCCUUAUUAUUCAGAUAAUAAGUAAGAUAAUUAUCAAGUUGGCAACUACAAAAAAAAAAAACACCAUUUACCAGAUUGGAAUAAAAAUAAAUAUCAGAUUAUAACAUACAAUGUAACAUAAGAUUGGAUAUAUAUAUUUUUAUGAUACAUGAUUGAAAGUUUGUCAAUGCACUGAUAAAAACAAAUUAAUGCAAUUUCUAUAGUGAUUUGCAGAAAUUUCUUUUUUUUGUGGGGCGUGGAGGAUUAUUUUUAUUAUUAAUAUUUCUGACUUUGAAUUAUGAAUUAAUAGCUCAAUGAAAAAUAUAGAAAUUCAUUUUUUUAGCACUUAGUACUCACUGAAGUACAUUAGACAAAAAUCUGACUAAUUGCAAAAAUAUGCUCAUUUCACCCUUCAUUCUAAAAGAAACAGCAAACCGAAUAAUAAUCCCCGAACAGAAUUAAAAUCGAACAAUUUAUGACAUCUGUUCGAACUGUUUCCUUGACAACCACUGCUAGGAUGCGCUCAUCUUUGACUGUCAGGUUAAGACGCGGCAGCAGGUCUUGACACCAAACUUUUCCAACCCACAGGUUUUCCGGCAGUUCUUAACUUUUAUUAAAGUCCCAUUUGAGUCAUUGUAUAAAAUAUUCAUCCUCUGUUGGACUGUGUGAUCAUAUCUGAUUGAACUGAUUUGUUGAGUUCCAGAGAGGUUGAAGUCGGACAUCUCACCAAAAAUAUAUUAGCUAAUAUUGUUCGAGUUGAACCGGUUGUUUGAAAAUAUUUGCUGCCUAAUAUUUACCGCUUUUCAAAAUUCCCUUUGUUGGUGUGUGAACAGCAUUAGGAUCAGUCCCGCUCCGGUUUCUGUCUGGUGUUGAAGCUGUCAAGCCUCUGCAGCUCAAAUCAUUUUCUCAACAAGGCUUAAUUACCUCCGCAUUUACCUGCUUCCUCCUCUCUCUCUCUCUCUAUCUCUCUCUCUCUGUGUGUUUUUCAUUAAUACUGGUUCGUGUUGUUACAGAAGCGAGGUCCGGGCGUGUUGCGCUCUGCAGCCUUUAAACGGUGAAGGUUUUUAAAUUUUUUUUUUAUUGUGACUCCACCUGGGAUGAACCGGUUUUCUUUUCUUUUUCUUUUCUUUUUUGAUGUUUGACAGUUCACAACAAGAGGCCUCCCCCUGGAGGGAUUCCGCCCCGUCCGACCCGUUUGACUGCUUAAUCACUUCAAGGAGCCGCUUAAUUAUAGCUUUAAUGGCACGAGCUGAAUGCGAUGGGAUUUCUGUCUUUCUCUCUCUCUCUCUCUCUCUCUCUCUCUCUCUCUGUGUGUGUGUGUGUGUGUGUGUGUGUGUGUGUGUGUGUGUGUUUCUCCUUAACUUUCUCUUUCAACAUGUCCGCGUCGUGCAUGCAGCGCUAAAUGACCCCACUUCUUUCCCCCCCCCCUUCUUCUUUUUUAGUGCGGGAGUUUGGAUUUUUACAGCAGGACUUGAGUGGGAAUCGAACCCGCGGUUUUUUUGUUUUGUUUUGUUUUUUUAAACUGUCAACGCGUUUGUUAUGAUUCUUUUGUUCAGUUUGGAUGACAGCUCAGCCUUCUUCGAGGAGGUUCAUAUAGUUUGGCUCCCAUUCGCAGUGUGGCAUUAAUUAAAAGAAAGAAACAUGGCGCAUUCAAAUUAUUUACUUAUCUGUCGAGAACAUAUGGCGGAGCGGCUCCCGUUCUCUGCUAUUCUGCCCGGGGUGCAAAACAGUCCUGGGGAGGGAGGGAGGAGGCGGGAGUAUGGUGGUAGGGGAGGGAAGUGUGUGUGUGUGUGUGUGUGUGAGGGUGAUUUUUUUUAAUUCAUUUUUUUUUAUUUUAUGACAGACUCAACCCCCUUAUCUGUAGCUGUAA